AUGCAUGAAGAAAUUUCUAACACAGCUGCAACAGACGAGCAGAGUGAUUCUGGAGAUGUUCUAUCGUUAAGAAAUCUUUCAAGAACUGAACGUGCAGUAAUUGCAGAUGAUACUUUGAACAAGCUCAGAGUUGGUUGGUAUCAAUCAUGUGAAGGUUCUCGAAUCGAUCUUGCUGAAGAUAUCGCAUUUUCUGUGCAGCACGCUGUACUUUAUACAGAAGAUGAUCUACAGAACACAAAGAAAUUAAUCUCAUCUAUCGAUCAACAAACAAAUCCAUCAUCACUUGUAACCGAUACAACUUCAUAUCCAAGGAUUGAAAUUCGUUAUUGUACGACGUUACAAGCAGCUCAGUCGUUAACUACUGAAAUGGAUGAAAAUAGCGUUGGAGUAUUAAAUUUCGCUUCUGCUAAAAACCCAGGCGGUGGCUUCUUAAAAGGUUCCAGUGCACAAGAAGAAUCAAUCGCAAGAUCUUCAUCGCUUUAUUUAACAUUGAUUCAGCCUCGGAUUUUCAACGAAUUUUAUGAUUAUAAUAGACGUGGUAGAAGUGGUAUCUAUAGUCACCGGAUUAUUUAUUCACCAAGAGUAACUAUAUUCAAAGAUGAUAAUGGAGAUUUACUCUCAUCUCCCUAUCAUGUUGGUAUGGUAACAGUUCCUGCUCCUAACGCCAGCGUUAUCCGUCAACCAGAGCUUAUUAAAAGUACCAUGGUCGAACGUGUUAGACGUUUAUUAUGCGCUUUCGAAACCAACAAGCACGACUGUCUUGUAUUGGGAGCAUUUGGUUGUGGUGUAUUUCGAAAUGAUCCAUUCGAUGUUGCUACUAUAUUUCGACAACUAUUAGAAUCAGAAGAAUUCAACGGUUCUUUCAAACGAAUCAUCUUUGCAGUUUUUAAUGAAGACAAGCCACCACCACGUUCAACCGGUCAUCAUUCUCAUUAUUCUCAACAUCAUCAUCAUAGUCAACAGCAACAACAACAGCAAUCUUCUUCUAGUGGACAAACAUCUGCAACUCUUAAUUCAUCUAUUGUACCUGUACAGCCUGGUGAAAUCGGUUUCGAUGGAAAAAUGUUACGGAAAGCAAUGGCUCGGAAAACAGUAGAUUAUAAUCCAUCGAUCAUACGUUAUCUUGAAAGUUCUAUUUGGCAAAAAGAUAUAACUGAUGGACGUUCGUUACAACCUGAUGUUCUCUACAUUCCAAAUCUUGUACCGCCUCAUGCACUUCUAUCAGAUCCAGUGAAUUGUGUAAUGACAAAAUUUAUUCGUCCAGCUACCAAUAAAGUCCGAUGUCCAAUCUUUUGUGUUUGUUGGACACCAGAUGGUCGUCGUUUGAUAACAGGCGCGUCUAGUGGUGAAUUUACCUUAUGGAAUGGAUUGACGUUUAACUUUGAAACUAUUCUACAAGCACAUGAUUCAGCUGUACGAGCUAUGAUUUGGUCUAAUAAUGAACAGUGGAUGUUAACAGGUGAUCAUAAUGGUUUUGUUAAAUAUUGGCAAUCAAAUAUGAAUAAUGUUCAAGUAUAUCAAGCACAUACUGAUCCAGUUCGAGGAUUAACGUUUUCGCCAAAUGAUACCAAAUUUGCUAGUUGUUCUGAUGAUAGUUUUGUUCGUAUAUUUGAUUUUCUAACAGGAACUGAAGAACGUGAACUACGAGGUCACGGAUGUGAUGUUAAAUGUGUUGAUUGGCAUCCACAUAAAGGUAUACUUGUAUCAGGUAGUAAAGAUUCUCAACAGCCAAUCAUUCUCUGGGAUCCAAAGAGUGGAAAGAAAUUAGCCACGCUUCAUGCGCAUAAAAAUACAUGUAUGGCAUUAAAGUGGAAUCGACACAAUGGAAACUGGUUGAUAUCAGCAUCGCGGGAUCACUUUUGUAAAUUAUUUGACAUCAGAAAUCUCAAAGAAGAACUACAAUGUUUUCGUGGACACAAAAAAGAAGCAUGCACACUGGCGUGGCAUCCUAUACAUGAACGACUCUUUUCAAGUGGAGGAUCCGAUGGUUCGAUUUAUUUUUGGCAUGUUGGAACUGAAAAAGAAUUAGCUGGUAUGGAUGAUGCACAUGAAGGUAUGAUAUGGGAUAUGUCUUGGCAUCCACUUGGUCAUAUGCUUGUCAGCGGUUCAAAUGAUCAUACCACACGCUUUUGGACACGUAAUCGACCGGGUGAUACUGUAUUAGAACGAAGUGAAGAAGGAAUUCUAAUGCAUGCUUCACGUCUUGAACAAAUGCAUCGUGAAGAAUUGGAACAUGAACGUGCAUCCGAAGAAUUUAAUAUGCCUGGUUUAGGUUUUGAAGGUGGUUUACUUGAACAAUUACAACAACAAGAUGAUGUAUACAAUCGACGUGAAGCCGGUAUACCUGGCUUGGAUUUCUCCAAUGAUGACGAGGAAGGUCGACGACGACGAGCACCAUUUGCUAAACCUGUGCCGAAGCCAUUUGAAAAAGCAUGGCGAUCUGUCGAUCCAUUUCCUGGCGAUAACAUAAACAAUAGUAAUAGAGUAUUAAAUUCAGUGGAACCCGAUGAUGCAUUUUACUCUCAGCCAGCACCUCCUCCUCCUCCACCGCCACCACCACCACCACCAUCAUUGCCAAAUUACCCACGAGGACCAAAUUCUAUGCAAGAGGAUUAUUCACGAAAUAAUGUGCCAGUUGAUUUUGAUCCUCGUGGUGGCCCAGCGAAUAAACGACCACGUCUCGAUGCAUUCAACGAUGGUCAUUGGGCAAAUGCGCCAACAGAUCGACGAGGAGGUGGUUUUCCACCUAUUCCGUCACAAGCUCCUCAUUGGAGGCCAAAUACAAACGAGUGUCAACCAUUAUCAAAUCAAAAUGGCAUCUCUGGCGAAUUACUUGAUGAUACAUUGACUGCUGCUCGACAGGGUGUUUCACCAUUUUUUCAAACAGCUACUGAUGAAGAAUUGAGAGGAUUAAGUCGAACAUUACGAGUUUUUCAAAAGUGA